AUGGCAGCAUUCCGAAUGUCACUGGAUCCCACAAUGCAACAAGUGGUGGAGGUUGGACUAAACAUCACCCCGGCGACUAUAACCACUCCCGACCAAGUGCUCGACCGCAUCGCGGAUUAUAUUCGUGCUAAGCGGAAUGUUGCACUGGACCGCGUGGCGUUCGAAGAGCGGAAGCAGGGACCGUCAGAAUCAUUCGACGACUUCUAUAUCGGGUUGCGUCGGCUGGCGGACGCAGCAGACUUGUGCGGAACAUGCACAGAAACGAGAUUGGUAACGCGCAUCAUUGCCGGAACUCGGGACACGGAAACAAAAAAGAAACUGUUGGCUCUUAGUCCGUUCCCAACCUUACAAGCCACGGUCAACAUUUGUCGGAGCGAAGAAUCGGCUCGGGCAAAUGAGCGCAUUCUCAGUGGGCAAUCCGGAGUGGCAGCCAUUUUGACGAAACAAGGUCAAUCAGACCGUCGCCCAUACAAAAAUGAGUGCGGAUCAUGCGGCCGGGCAUCUCAUGCUCCAGAAGAAAGCUGUCCGGCGGUUGGAAAGUCGUGCCAUCUAUGUGGAAAACCGAACCACUUCUCCCCGAAAUGUCCCAACCGGAAUAAGGAAAAAACCGGCACGAGCGGUGGCGCUAGUGGUGGCGCCAAAUCUAAGAUGGCGCAUAUCAUCAUUGGAAACAUCCAGGCCAACCAAAAUCGCCGGGGGUCCCCUACUAUAUCCCUGGAAAUAUUGGAAGAAGACGGCGCAGUAGCAGCACUGCUUACUAAUGCAAUUCCGGAUCCUGGCGCUGAAGUCAGUGUGUGCGGAAAGGACGUCAUGGAGGCCAUCGGAAUAUCUGAAAGUCAGUUGGCAGCUUCAUCGUUCGACUUGGUUAUGGCAGACCGCUCGUCGCCACUGUUGUCUAUUUAG